AUGAGUGAACAAAAAUCCAAACAAUGUGCUUCGAAAUCAACAAUGAAUGCUGCCGCAUGUACAACAGCAUUCUCAAAUACUGUCCAAUCAAGACGACGGAUAACUCAGAAUUAUUUGCUCAUUUGGACAGAUGGUAACAUUGAUGAAACAAAUACAGACUGUCAAAAUACACUUGCGCAAUUGCGCAGUGUCGUCAAUGAGGUUACAAUCUGUACGGAACCGGCACAAUGUAUCAAGUGCCUCAAUGAUAUGGAUGACGAGAAAGCUUUCGUCAUCUCUUCCGGUGCUUUAGGUCAACAUUUGGUGCCACAAAUUCACGGUAUGCCGCAGUUAGAUGCUAUUUACAUCUUCUGUGGCAAUGAAUCACAACACAAGGCAUGGGCCAAAGAAUGGCCAAAGAUUGAAGGCGUAUUUACGUCAAUCAAGCCGAUAUGUGAGUCACUCAAAAAGGUCGCUCGUCAAUGCAACCAUGAUUCAAUUACGAUGAGCUUCGUUCCGAAGCGAACUGUGAUAGACGCAGCAUCAAUUGAAAAAAGUUUGGAUGAAUUGCCACCAUCUUAUAUGUAUUCCGUCCUGUUCAAAGAAAUCAUCUUAGAAAUUCAUGAAGAUGAUGUGAAGUCUGUAGAUCAACUUGUGGCCUAUUGCAGUAAACAAGACGUCGCCAAAUCUCAAUUGGAGUAUUUUCAACGUGAAUACCAACACAAAUCAGUCGUCUGGUGGUAUACCGAAGAUAUAUUCCUCUAUGGAAUGCUCAACUAUGGUCUUCGAACGCUCGAUAUGGAGAUUAUGUCAAAAAUGGGCUUCUUUAUCCGAAAUCUCCAUAAACAACUGGAGCAAUUGCAUAAAAAACAAUCAAAAAUGUACACGAAAAAAUUUUUCGUUUAUCGCGGUCAAGGACUCAGCCAGCAAGACUUCCAACAUCUACGCGACACGCAAGGUGGUCUUCUCUCAUUUAACAAUUUUUUAUCGACCAGCAAAAAACAAAGUGCAGCUCUGGGAUUCGUCGAAACUAAACUUCACAAAGAUAAAGAAAUCGUAGGUGUUCUCUUCAUCAUGACAAUUGACUCGAGUAAAAUAUCCUCGUCAAGUAUUCCAUUUGCUCUCAUUGACGACUAUAGUGCUUUUCCACAAGAACAAGAAAUACUGUUUUCAAUGCACACAGUAUUUCAUGUUGCUGGCAUUAAACAAACUGUUAACAAUAAUCGCCUAUGGGAAGUUCAAUUGACUCUCACCGACGACAAUGAUCCACAACUAUCUACUCUCACCAAACGAAUGAAAGAGGAGAUUGGCGGUACUGGAUGGUAUCGAAUGGGUAGACUGAUGCUCAAAGUAGGUCACUUCAAUCAAGCUGAAGAACUCUACAAUGAACUACUAAAGAAUACUCCCAGCGACAGUGAUAGAGCACAUAUUUAUCACCAACUUGGAGUUAUAAAAGACGGCCAAGGACAAUAUAAAGAAGCAAUUUCAUUUUACGAGAAAUAUUUCGCAAUCAACCGAAAAACUCUUCCGGAAGAUCAUCCUUCAUUCACUAAUGCGUACAACAACAUCGGUGUGGCGUAUAAAAACAUGGGUGACUACUCGAAAGCACUUGAAUUUCAUGACAAAGCACAUAAAAUAAACGAAAAAGCUCUGCCUCCGAAUCAUCCCGACUUGACAGGUUCCUACAACAACAUCGGUAAUGCGUAUGACAGCAUGGGUGACUACUCGAAAGCACUUGAAUUUUACUACAAAGCACAUAAAAUCUACGAAAAAACUCUGCCACCGAAUCAUCCCGAUUUGGCUACUUCCUUCAACAACAUUGGUGCGACGUAUAACAACAAGGGUGACUACUCGAAAGCACUUGAAUUUUACGACAAAGCAUUUAAAAUCUACGAAAAAACUCUGCCCUCGAAUCAUCCCUUAUUGGCUACUUCCUACAACAACAUCGGUAAUGCAUAUGACAACUUGGGUGACUACUCGAAAGCACUUGAAUAUUAUGACAAAGCGCUUAAAAUAAGAGACAAAGCUCUUCCUCCGAAUCAUCCCGAUUUGGCUCGAUCCUACAACAACAUCGGCAUGGCGUAUAGCGGCAAGGGUGAUUACUCAAAAGCACUUGAAUUUCACUACAAAGCACAUAAAAUCUACGAAAAAACUCUGUCACCGAAUCAUCCAGAUUUGGCUACUUCCUACAACAACAUCGGUAAUGCGUAUGACAACAUGGGUGACUACUCGAAAGCACUUGAAUAUUAUGACAAAGCGCUUAAAAUAAGAGAAAAAGCUCUUCCUCCGAAUCAUCCCGAUUUGGCUACUUCCUUCAACAACAUUGGUGCGACGUAUCACAGCAUGAGUGACUACUCGAAGGCACUUGAAUAUUAUGACAAAGCGCUUAAAAUAAGAGAAAAAGCUCUUCCUCCGAAUUAUCCAUCAUUGGCUCUUUAUUACAGCAACAUUGGUAUGGCGUAUAGCGGCAAGGGCGACUACUCGAAAGCACUUGAAUUUCACGACAAAGCACUUAAAAUAAGAGAAAAAGCUCUGCCUUCGAAUCAUCCCGACUUGGCUACUUCCUACAACAACAUCGGUCUUGCGUAUAAAAAGAUGGGUGACUACUCGAAAGCACUUGAAUUUUACGACAAAGCACUUAAAAUAAGAGAAAAAACUCUGCCUUCAAAUCAUCCAGAUUGGGCUCGAUCCUACAACAACAUCGGUAUGGCGUAUAGCGGCAAGGGUGAUUACUCGAAAGCACUUUCAUUUCUAGAAAAGGCACUUUCUAUCUGGCAAAAAUCGCUUCCGUCAACACAUCCUUCAAUUCAAACAACGAUGGAUAAUAUUGACUACGUAAAAAAGAAAAAGUAA